CUCCUCCUCCUCCUCCAAAGAUGUCGCAUGAGCCUCUCCUCUUUUCUUUUUCUCUCUUUUUUCCACUUCCCUUUACAGUGAACCGAGUUAAGUCACAUUAGCAGCUCUCACCGCCGCCGGCAGCUAGCCCUGGUCCAGACGCACGGACUGUCCCUCCCCCCUCCCUCCCUCCACGGAGGUGUUUAAACCCUCAACCCGGCGCAUCCUCUCUCUCUCUCUCUCUCUCUCUCUCUCUCUCUCUCUCUCCCUCUCUCUCUCUCUCUCUCUCUCCUCCAACGCCGCAGAACUCCGCCGACAAGCUGUCAGGUGACCGCGCGGAGCGGAAUAUUCAUCAGUACCGUCGUCGUCUUUCAUCUCUUCCCCUCCUUCGGACUCCAGGCUCCCGGAGCUGCCGCAGCCCCGCUCCCCCGCUGUGUCCUCUCAUCCGGUCCGGGACAUUCUCCGCUCCACGCACACGCAGAUUAACGGGGAUUCUGCCUCCCCACCCGCGAGCUGAUGCUGAUGUCCUUGAGCUCGGCCUGCACGGUCCUGGUGGUGCAGCAGUAGCUACCUCUCGACUGGAUCCACUAACUGUCUCUGAUUUAUCAGUCACCUCUGCCUCGCUCACCCCUCUCUCCAUUCAUCCAUCACCCCUCAUCGUUGUCUGUAAGUCUGUCAGCCUGUCUGUUUGUCCAUGGACUGGCCGUGACCCUGGAGGGAGGGGGACAGAAACGAAGAAAGAGCGGAGUUGCAGAGAAGACAGAGGAAAAGAAAGCUGGAUUCUUUCAGACAUCACACUUCUGAGGUGCCCUGGCUCGCUGUCCUUCAUCCCCUCACCCUCCUCCUCCUCCUGCUAUGGAGAAUUAAAGGAGCAGUGGGAGGCUAGGACAAGCUAGUGAGGAGUCAAAAAUAAACAACCAACAAUUCCUUUAUUACUGUUAAAUACAAUUUAAAAGAUUUUAGGGGUAUCCUUUUAGAUGCACAUUUUAAAGUAGGACAUCAAGGCAGAACCAAGAGUCUGACUGUUGAGCACAUGAACACCCCUCCACCAACCAAACGGAAGUGGAACUGAGUUGAGGACAGAUACGGAGAGAAAGGAGGACCAAAACAGAAGAAAUCCUUACUGACAUGUCAACAACAGCCACGAUGGGUGAAAUGGCAAACAGCGCAGUGGAGUUUUAUCCUAAAGGGAGUCGGGCUACAGGAGGAGGAAGGGCAGAUGGCAGUCUAGCAGGGGGAGACUUUGGCGUCACGGUGCUGGAGCUCAGGGAGCUGAUGGAGCUCAGAGCUGGUGAAGCCCUGACGAAGAUCGAGGACAGCUAUGGAGACACAGAGGGACUCUGCCAGAGACUACAGACCAACACCAUUGACGGUCUCAGCGGGGAGCCAGCGGACAUGGAGCGUCGGCACCAAGCGUACGGCCAAAACUUCAUCCCGCCGAAAAAGGCCAAGACUUUCUUGGAGCUUGUGUGGGAGGCCUUACAGGACGUCACGCUCAUCAUCUUGGAGGCCGCCGCCAUCAUCUCCCUCGGCCUCUCUCUUUACCAGCCACCCGGAAGGGAAAGCGAAUCAUGUGGUGAAGGGUCAGGGGGUGCAGAGGAUGAAGGCGAGGCUGACGCCGGCUGGAUAGAGGGUGCAGCCAUCCUGCUGUCUGUGGUGUGCGUCGUCCUGGUGACGGCGUUCAAUGACUGGUCCAAAGAAAAGCAGUUCCGCGGUCUGCAGAGUCGGAUCGAGCAAGAGCAGAGGUUUACCGUUGUGCGGAAAGGAAAUGUCAUACAGAUCCCGGUGGCUGAAUUGGUGGUGGGGGACAUGGCCCAGGUCAAAUACGGGGACCUGCUACCAGCUGACGGUAUCCUGAUCCAAGGCAACGACCUGAAGAUAGAUGAGAGCUCUCUGACAGGAGAGUCCGACCACGUACGCAAGUCUGUGGAUAAGGACCCCAUGCUGCUCUCAGGUACACAUGUGAUGGAAGGCUCGGGCAAGAUGCUGGUGACUGCUGUAGGUGUCAACUCACAGACGGGCAUUAUCUUCACCCUACUUGGUUCUGGAGAGUUGGAAGAAGAGGUGAAGGAGAAGAAAGGAAAACAACCUGAUGGAGCUGUAGAGAACAAUCAGAACAAAGCCAAGAAGCAUGAUGGGGGUGUUGCCAUGGAGAUGCAACCCCUGAAGAGUGCCGAGGGAGGCGAGGUGGAGGAAAAAGAGAAGAAGAAGACCAGUGUUCCAAAGAAGGAGAAGAGUGUGUUGCAGGGCAAGCUCACGAAACUGGCUGUUCAAAUUGGCAAAGCAGGUUUGGUGAUGUCAGCCAUCACUGUCAUCAUUCUGGUGCUCUACUUUGUCAUCAACACGUUUGUCGUUGAAGGUCGGGUUUGGUUGACAGAGUGUACUCCGGUCUAUGUCCAGUACUUUGUCAAGUUCUUCAUCAUUGGAGUCACUGUGCUGGUGGUGGCUGUCCCAGAGGGCUUACCGCUCGCUGUCACCAUUUCUUUGGCUUACUCUGUCAAGAAAAUGAUGAAGGACAACAACCUUGUACGCCACCUGGAUGCAUGUGAGACCAUGGGCAACGCCACGGCCAUCUGCUCGGACAAGACCGGCACCCUCACCACCAACCGCAUGACUGUGGUGCAGAGUUACCUCGGUGAAGUACACCACCGUGUGGUCCCGGACCCCAGCCAGGUCAACCCCCGCACACUAGACCUAUUAGUCAAUGCUAUCUCCAUCAAUAGCGCCUACACCUCAAAGAUCUUGCCACCGGAUGUGGAGGGGGGUCUGGCCAAGCAGGUGGGCAACAAGACGGAAUGUGGCCUGCUGGGAUUUGUAUUGGACCUUAAGCGGGACUACACCACUGUCAGAGAUCAGAUCCCUGAGGAGAGACUGUACAAGGUUUACACAUUCAACUCAGAGCGUAAAUCGAUGAGCACAGUGAUCAAGCAGCCGGAUGGUUCUUUCCGCCUGUACAGCAAAGGAGCUUCUGAAAUUAUGCUAAAGAAGUGCUCUUCCGUCUUAGAUACCAACGGAGAACAGCAUGCCUUCCGACCACGUGACAGGGAUGAAAUGGUCAAACAGGUGAUUGAGCCAAUGGCAUGUGAGGGGUUGAGAACCAUCUGCAUUGCAUACCGUGAGCUGCCGUCCAAUCCAGAGCCAGACUGGGAAAACGAGGCGGAGAUAGUAACAGAGUUGACCUGCAUCACAGUGGUUGGGAUCGAGGACCCUGUGCGGCCUGAGGUGCCCGAGGCCAUCCGCAAGUGUCAGCGUGCGGGCAUUACAGUGCGAAUGGUGACUGGUGAUAACAUUAACACAGCCCGGGCCAUUGCUGCGAAAUGUGGCAUCAUCCACCCGGGGGAUGACUUUAUCUGUAUAGAGGGCAAAGACUUCAACCGACGAAUCAGGAAUGAGAAGGGAGAGAUUGAACAGGAACGUAUUGACAAAAUCUGGCCCAAACUCCGCGUGUUGGCUCGAUCCUCGCCAACAGACAAACACACUCUAGUUAAAGGCAUCAUUGACAGCACCGUCCUAGAACAGAGGCAGGUUGUAGCAGUAACAGGAGAUGGAACUAAUGACGGACCAGCUUUGAAGAAGGCCGAUGUGGGCUUUGCCAUGGGUAUCGCCGGGACAGACGUUGCGAAAGAGGCGUCUGACAUCAUUCUGACGGAUGACAACUUCAGCAGCAUUGUCAAGGCGGUGAUGUGGGGACGAAAUGUCUACGAUAGCAUUUCCAAGUUCCUGCAGUUCCAGCUCACGGUCAAUAUAGUGGCCGUCAUAGUGGCCUUCACUGGGGCCUGCAUCACUCAGGACUCUCCUCUGAAGGCAGUGCAGAUGCUCUGGGUGAAUCUGAUCAUGGACACAUUCGCUUCUCUGGCCCUGGCCACCGAGCCCCCCACCGAGGCCCUGUUGCUACGGAAACCCUACGGACGGAACAAUCCACUCAUCUCACUGACCAUGAUGAAAAACAUCCUGGGCCAUGGAGUGUACCAGCUGAUCAUCAUCUUUACCCUGCUGUUCAUAGGCGAGCGCAUAUUCAACAUCGACAGUGGCCGUAACGCUCCGCUCCACUCCCCUCCCUCUGAGCAUUACACCAUCAUUUUCAACACCUUCGUCCUCAUGCAGCUGUUCAACGAGAUCAAUGCUCGCAAGAUCCAUGGAGAGAGAAACGUCUUUGAUGGCAUAUUCGCCAACCCCAUCUUCUGUUCCAUUGUUCUGGGGACCUUCGCUGUGCAGAUUGUGAUUGUGCAGUGGGGAGGGAAGCCCUUCAGCUGCGCCCCGCUCAACAUCGAGCAGUGGCUCUGGUGUCUUUUCGUGGGAGUUGGAGAGCUGCUCUGGGGGCAGGUGAUUGCUACUGUGCCGACCGCGCGGCUUCCAUGCCUGAAGGAGGCAGGAAUGGGCCACGAGCCUGGGGAAGAGGAAGGGGAGGAGAUGGCGGAGGAUGAGGAGGAGAUCGAUUGUGCUGAGAGAGAGCUGCGCCGCGGACAGAUCCUCUGGUUCAGAGGCCUCAAUCGCAUCCAGACUCAGAUGGAGGUAGUGAGCACGUUCAAGCGAAGCGGUUCGUUUCAGGGAGCAGUGAGACGGCGCUCCUCUGUGCUCAGUCAGCUCCACGACAUGCGAGUGGUGAAAGCAUUCCGUAGUUCGCAGUACGAGGGCCGGGAGAAACCGGAAUCCCGCAACUCCAUCCACAACUUCAUGGCCCACCCCGAGUUCCUCAUCAACGACCUCAUCCACAACAUUCCGCUGAUCGACGACACUGACGUGGACGACGAAUCAGAGCUCAGCAGAUACCAGCACCUGCACCCGGCCCUCCGCAAGCCGCCGCCUCCUCCCACUCAGCCCCAGCCCCCAGCCCGAACCCACCCCACUCGCCCCUAUCGCCAGUAUAGCCUCCCGGUGACCCCAUGCAACAGAAACAACAACAACAACAGCAGCAGCAGCAGCAGCAGCAGUUCAGUGGUCACCCACGGCAACAACAACAGCACCAAUGAAGUUACUCCCAGCAGCCGCAGCCCCUAUCACCACCACCACCAAUACCACCAUAACCAUCAUGGCAGGGACAGGCCGGUGAAACCCUUUGCCCCUCAUCUGGCCCAUCUCUACUGCAUGGAGACCUCCUUAUAACUUAGCUGAACGUGGGUCUGGGGGGAGAAGGGGAACUGAGUCUUAGGUAGGGGGAGGAGAGGAGAGCGAAAUAGAGGGCUGAGGACUCACACAAGACAUUUUCAUCUCCCUUACAACAAGCUAACAGGAAGGCCUGAAGGACGAGGAAGGCACAGGAGGGAGUGGACAAUGGCCUGAGACUUCUGCGCGCAACUCCCAGAGAAAAUUGCGACUAUCCCUCCCUUUGCCCUUGCUCCACGCCCUCUCACUCGGACCCCCUGACGCAACAUCUCCCUCUCCGCCUUCGAACCCACUGGCCCCCCCAUCUGUCAACCCCCCCAACCCCCCCGAAGAACCUGCCCACCUCACUCUGCCUGACCUCAAGCACACUCGUCACACAUACGCACAGGUCUGCUCUCGCUGGGUUGUCCUGAGUGACAGUGGGCACGGUGGGAGGGAGGGGGGACGGACAUCCCAAGACAAAAUUACAUCCCUCACCGCUUCAGUAGAACAGGGCCAUGUGGCCAUGGGAGCUGCCUCACUCUGUUUCUAUUGGUGUUCAUCAGUGUUGUUCUCAUUGCCCAUCUACCCACCCUCAUUGCACCAUUGUCACCACUGCCAUCAUUUAUCUGCGGCCACUUUAAAAUCACGACUUAAGUAAAAGGCUUUAAAGCCUGAACUAGACUUCAGUCAUUUCCAUCUUCUGAUUCCUCAGCAUAAUGGUGCUCAUUCAUUUCUUUCUUUUUCAUUGGUUUAUUUAUUUAUUUACUUAUUUCCUUUCACUCUCUUUCAGUGUGUGUGUAUUGUCUUGUCUCUUCUGGGAGAAAAAAUGAUCAAAAACAGAAAUGGCAAACAAAGAUCCUGUUCUUUUAAACCUAAUAGUAUAUAGAAAAGGAAGGGGAUACGUAUACUUACAUAUGUAUAUGUAUGUAUAUAUAAUCAGAAUGUGUGUGGGAAGCGACAACACAGAACUCUUCAGUUUCACCACUGUUCAGCCCAACCUGUCUGAUCCUUGAACACCGCCCCAUGAGUCCACAUGACCUGUUAUCUGUAACACUGUCCAUCCUUCUCUGAGAUGACACAGUGUGCGACCUCACAUUGAUUUCAAUGUGUACAUGUAUACAUACAGUAGCCCCAUACAGCACUAAGUUUAUUCACAGCCUCUUGCCAUGUUGAUAAAAUGAUGUGUGAGUAUGGGUAACAUCAGCGGACAUCCUCUGAGGCCAGCCUGCAGGUGAUGUCCUCUUCUCUCUUGCUGUUCCUCAGUCCGUGUUUUUCGUUUGCAACGCUCACUUGGUCUCGUCUGGUCUUUCGUCAGUGGGUGUGGGCAUGUUUCAGCUUUUCUUGGACGAAAAAGCUGAAUGCUUGUGAAGCAUUAACCCUUUAAAUGCCAUCACACACACAAUGCACAGGCGAUGGCCCUUUAAGACUAACAUGCACUCACUUGGAACUUGCUCCUGCUUAUGUGCCAUUGGGUCGUCUCCAUCAUGCACCACUGCCCUCUCCAUGAGUGUUGUGGACAAAGAGAUUGUUUCAUUUGUUCUGUCAUUUUCACAGACCAGGGGGAAACAAAUCACUGUUUGAUGCUGAAAGCGACCAUUCAUCAAGCCCAUGUCUAACAUCUGUGUUCAGUUUUGGCUUUAGGCCCAAAGCCCACUCAGCUCUAUCAGGUACGACCAAUGAGAGCUUAUGUGUCAUGUCUGCGCAUCCUGAACUGUGCAUUCCCCAUCAUCAUGAUGUACGAUAAACUGAUUGGGAUACAUAAGAAGGAGCAGUCCAACAUUUUGGAAAAUAUGCUUUCUUUCUCUUUAGCUUAGAGUGAGAUGAACAGAUAGACUCUUGUGUCCAUAAAGAAUGAGCUAAGUGUCGCUGAGCAUACAGGGGAAACAGCUAGCUUAACUCUUAAAAGUAAACAGAACCUCUAGAACUCUCAAAUUAACAUAGAUGUAUUAUAUAUUUAUUUAUUUCAUCUGUACAACAAAACAAUGUAGCUGAGAAAAUCCCAAAUGCAUCCAAUUCAGUUUUAAAAUCUAAUUUUUUUCCUUCUUUAAUUUUGGCUUUCAUGAGGUAAUAAAAUCAACAAAUCAAAGUGCGACUGUCGUGACAGUGGAGUAGCGUCAGUCAGCACAUUCAGAAAACUGUCACCACUGCCAGAUACUGACUGAUUUGAAAAAAUGAAUAAUAUAUCUUUUUAAUUGAGGUGAUGAUGGAUGCAUUGGGAUAUGAUUUUUUGGGCUUUUUGGGUAUAUAAGAAAUAGUUUAAAUGAUUGUGUUACUUUGGGAUGGAGCAAGGCCUCAUGUCUCCAGUCUCACAAUAGAAACAAACACGAGAGAGUCUUUUCAUCCAACUGUUGGUAAGAUGUUUGUAAGCCUAUUUCCCACAUGUGUCGAAGCUGUCCUGUGUGAAAGGUCAUAACACCCUGCAUGAGCCCCCCCCUCCCCCCCAAAACAGAAAAAAAACAAAGAAAAAAAAAACAAUCACCGAACACAUCUGGAAAGCCACCCAUGUGACGCACAGUCCGCCGUCACCUCGCCGAGCUCCACGACAUUCCAUGUGACAUAACAUUCCAGACAACCACAUCACAUUCCAGACCGGGUGUGAGAGUGCCCGCCUGUAUCCCAUGUUGCACUAGGUGUGGGUGAACCGCUGACUUCAUGUUGCCUCGGAACAUGACUGCAAUGCAAACCUGGACAACCUCCCCCCCAUUCCCCUUCUCCCUCCUUCUCCCAUCCCCCAAGCCAACCCCCCGUCAACUUCCCUGAGUUUAUCGACCGGGGCCCCCCCCCCCCCACCAACACCACCAGAAACAGUUGAGGGCAGACGAUAUGCAACAGACUGCCUUAUCAACAGUUGUUCCCAGCCAUAGGAUGAUAGACGUGCUGUCUGACAGCGAUGGUAACACAUGAAAACACAGUGAGAGAACAUGUCUGUCCUGCUAGAUCUGUGUCAGGAUGCACGCAGGGCUCUCUGGGAACACCCUUUCCUGUACAGAACUCUGUCUUGAAUGCCCAUCAUCAUCGUCGCCAGCCUGACCCGAGCUGUCGGAGUGGGCGGGUGGUGACAUUGUAUUGAUCUGUCUGUUUUGAAGCAUGCAUUUGGUAUCAUUAAUGUCACUCUUUAUGUGUUGGUAAACCAUUUAGGCUCCUGUCACUACUGUGUGCAAUGAUCUCUCCACAUCUGAUGUCUCUCUCUCUCUCACACACACACACACACACACACACACACACAAACGCACAUACGCACACACACACAUCCUGUCCAAGUCUGUCCUAUUCUAUUUCAGCACCUCUUAGCACAACUCUCUCAGUGCUUUCUGCAGGCUUACACAAAGAAAACACACAAACACAUACAUACACACACACUAAACAACAGGGGGAUAAUCUACAGUGGUGUAAAUUUGACUGUCCAGUUCAAGCCAUUUCUGUCCAUCCGUCCAGCCACGUUACAUCAUGAUGUUGUGAGACAGUUUCACAGAAGGCAAAACACAAUGUGAAAAAGAAUAUAUUAUAUUUAUCAAAAAUUAUAAAUUGUACAACAGCACCACUACUGUACAGAUCGCCCAAAUGUGCACAUGUGCAUCUUUGAUUUACAGGUACUAUGUUCCUGUUACACCUUUUUUUAUUUUGGAUGUUCCUUUCUUUUAAUCCUAUUCAUUUUUGUAAAGAGAGGAACCCCAAAAUGGAAGCGCUUGUAUAUUAUGAUUAUUAUGAUUAUUAUUAAUUUUCUCCACCAGUACUCCCACUGAUGGAAAACGACAGUUGCACAUUCUCCCGAGCAUAUUCUGAGGGCUGUGUUUUCUGUCCAGUGAACAGCCCCUGAAGUGUGCAGAGGUGCGGAGAUGCUUUAGUCUCUUAAGACCAGAGAAGCCACUCUGUAAAUAGAGAACAGGAGAUACACUUGUACCUCAUUAUGAUCUGAAGGACUGGACAAAGUGGGGACCAAGGGAGGAUGGAGAACUGGAGGGGGACGUAGAGCUAUAGACUGCAGAAGUGCAAUGCCUCCCUGCAUUGUUUAGGCUGCCCUUUUAGAUCUGCUCCCAGUAUUUACUGCCAUGUUGCGAUGGGAAGAAAUGAAGGUUUUACAUUAUUCAUUAUACAUACUGUUGUAAAUAUCGUGUAUGGAAUGGUCCCCACUUCUUGCACAAUGUAGAGCUGUUCUGCCGACAGAAAAUGCAGCCUUAACUGUGCUGAAAUGACAAAAGACCAAAAAAAGUGAUAAAAAAAAAGAAAAACAAACUAACAAAAACAUAAAGACUAUUGAAUAUAUUAAAGAGUUACCUGCCUGUUAUUUAAGCGAAUAAAUAUCUAUAUAUGAGAAAGAACACACCUGUAUACUGUAGACUAAAUCUGUACGGAAAUCUAAGAGAAUUUAAUGGGAAUUAAGUCCAACACCUUUUGUCUGUAUGAAAGAAAAAAUACAUCAAAGUAUUCUACAAUAAUAACUUUGACAAAGUUUGUGUGGUCCUGUGUUGUUUGUUCACAAAAAUGACAAGACUUAAGCUGCUUUCAGACAUGCGCUGGACUCCGGAGAUCCUCUGGACUUUCUGUGGAGGCGCUGUAAUGUUUAGUACACAAAAGCAUGAUCUCCACAGCAGAAUGAAUACUCUACAUCCUGCCUCUGCCUGCUGCGCCACCUCUCACCUGAAUCCUGAAUGUGUUCACAACGGCUGCUUAAUUGUGUGGGUGAAAGACAAACUCUGGAAAAAAACAAUUCUGCAGAUAUCCUCUGGAGAUCAUGUUUAAAAAUGGUUUUACAAUUACAGGUAAUUGGUAAAUGGUUUUGUAUUUAUAUAGCACUUUUCUAGUCUAGAUGACCACUCAAAGCGCUUCACAGUACAGAUUUACAUUCACCCAUUCACACACACACAUUCAUACAGUGCAUCUAUUCGCAGCACUUUGUUAUUCUAUUGGGGGCCAUUCAGGGUUCAGCAUCUUGCCCAAGGACACUUCAGCAUGCAGAUGGGUCAGACUGGGGAUUGAAAAAAAUAUAUUUCCCCAUUAUUAAUAGAAAUGUGAAGAACCUCCCAUUCAUCUGUAGUAAGAUGUCCAGGGCUUUGUGUCAAAAUCGUAAUUGUUAUUCAACAUGUCUUUAAUUCAUUUAAAUUCAGUUUAAACUAGUCUGGAUGGUGUUGUAGAUAUCGUUGACACAAAGAUUUGUUGUCACUCUCGGUUUGAACGCACCAAUAGCAAUGCUUAUCUCAGAGAGGAGACAGCAUCAUCCGUGAGCUACACAAGGCACAGGAUUGGCUGAUUUACUGCCUCCAUCUCAGGAGACGUAUUUUAACAGACCAGUGAAUAACCAAAUUAGUUUUCAACUAGUUGUUGAAGGCCUAGAUAAAUCCCACCUCCUCCCCACAUGCUAGAAGAGCAGAGACUCACUCUGUGGCUGGACUCCAGUCAGUUGCAGUGAGAGCAUGGGCAGGUCUCUCUCUUGGAGACAGACGGGUUUGCCUACCAAUGAUUUCCUUCAAUCCAAAUGAAUGUCCAAUGUCAACAGUCCUGUGAGGGCAUCAGACACCAGCUUUUUUCUUAGACAACUUUAUUUUUUGAUGGAAAUUGUGACGUGACAAGGAUUUCAAACGAUGUGUGUUUCAGAAAAAAAUUAUCCACCCAUCCUUAAGGGAGUUCAGCUAUCAUUAAUUUUUUUAUUUAAAUCCCCAGUCCUCCAAGCGACAUGUUACAAUGUUACAGUAUAGAGCAGGACAAGGCAGC